ACUAAUAAUCUCAAAUAAGGCUCUUUAAAGAAGGGAUUUAAAAAUGGAUAUAUUGAAGACUUCCCUUCUCCCCCCAUCUGAAUGCCAAAUACACUGAACUGCUUCAUCAGUCUGCCUUGUCUUGUUUGGCUGUUGCAGCUUUAUAAAGAACAAAGAUGAUUGAUAUAUUAAGCUGUAACUUCCUCCUCCUCCUCCUGACCAUUCGUGUCUGCUUGUUGUAUUGCAGAGGCAGUAGGAGUGAUAACUGUUUCACAGCAAAGUAUUCCCUGGAGGGGGAUUUGUACUGGUGCAGUUUGUCAAUGACAGGUUUAGUGUGUUGUCUCUGUUUGUUCAGAGGUCACUGAAGUGCAUUAUAAAAGUGAUUGGGAGUUGGUUGGAGCCCAUAUGUUGGAUGUGUCUAAAUAGUGGCUUGGUUGUCCAGGAACUAAUUUGCUGUAAUGGCAUAUUAUUCUUCUGAGGAGUCAGGUGGCUUCCCAUGGAUUGUGGACACACGCCGGAGUUGGUUUAACAUUCAGGCUCCACCCCGCAGUGCUACACUUUAAAAUGGGCUGGUCACGAAUCAGUAAAGGCAUUUGAUUUGUCGUGGAGCCAGCUAGUACACCGGAAUUCCUACGCCUACAGACUUGCUCAUAAACUGCUGUCUGCUGUGGAGCUAACAUUGCAUAUGCUGAUAUAUUUUCAAGUUCGGGACUUGCAUUAAAUCCUGCAAUUCUGACCUGUGCGCAUCUUGAUAAGGUCUCCUAGCAACCUCCACUGGGGCUGAAUGACAGCAGGAGGGUAAUUGAUGAGCUUGCCCUGGGAGUUUGUAAGUAGGUGAAAUUGAAACACAAGAUGGGUCAGAAAGUCACUGGCGGAAUAAAGACUGUGGAUAUGAGAGACCCUGCCUACAGGCCUCUGAAGCAGGAGCUUCAAGGGCUGGACUACUGCAAGCCCACGCGCCUAGACUUGCUAUUGGACAUGCCCCCGGUCUCCUACGAAGUCCAGCUGCUGCAUUCCUGGAACAAUGAUGACCGCUCGCUAAACGUCUUUGUGAAAGAGGACGACAAACUAAUAUUUCACCGGCAUCCGGUGGCUCAGAGCACAGAUGCCAUCCGAGGCAAAGUUGGAUAUACGAGGGGACUGCAUGUGUGGCAGAUCACGUGGGCCAUGAGGCAGCGGGGCACGCAUGCUGUGGUAGGGGUGGCUACGGCAGAUGCCCCCUUGCAUUCUGUAGGGUACACAACCCUGAUAGGAAACAACCAUGAAUCCUGGGGCUGGGACCUUGGGCGGAACAGACUGUACCAUGAUGGGAAGAACCAGCCAAGUAAAACCUACCCUGCCUUCUUAGAACCUGAUGAGACUUUCAUUGUGCCGGACUCUUUCCUGGUGGUCCUGGACAUGGACGACGGGACCUUGAGCUUCAUUGUAGAUGGGCAGUACAUGGGUGUUGCUUUUCGAGGACUUAAAGGGAAAAAACUGUAUCCAGUUGUAAGCGCAGUGUGGGGGCACUGCGAAAUACGGAUGCGCUACUUGAACGGGCUUGACCCCGAACCAUUGCCUCUGAUGGACCUGUGCCGGCGUUCUGUGCGGCUGGCUCUGGGCAAGGAUCGACUGAGCGAGAUCCCCACGCUGCCGUUGCCAGCAUCCCUCAAGAGCUACCUGCUCUACCAAUGACCUAUAGCUAGAAAGGUGCUGUGAGAACUGAAACAGGCAAAUGAUUUGGCGCUGACCCAUUGGACAGUGGUUCUGCCAGCCUUCCCCCAUUAUUGCUAGUACUGGACACCCUCUGCCCAAGUACCUUCCUCCAAUGCCAAAACCAAAUAUGCCCUGAAAAUGGACGUUUUCAAGUAUUUUUGUUUCACAACUCAGAUGACCUUUGCAGAUGAGUCACAUCCCCGCACGCUUCCAAAAGAAAAACCAAACCGAAAAUCCACCACCCUUGCAGAAUCUCUGCACACCCCUUGCUGCUUUCCUACCGGCUCCUAGCAAACACCCGUGGAGCAUCCUUUGAAUGCCUGCUGUCUAGGAGCAAAUUCUGCCCCGUAUACCAGAUGAAGGAGAGUACAUGAAGCUUGGAGGGGGAAGCAUUGGGAAUGGCAACAGGUCAAAUGCCAGGUGCUAAGUGUGGAAUGGCAUGAGAUGGGGGCCUUCUGAAAAGCAAAGAGGUAAAAUACUUCCAUGGGAAGUGAAGACACCAAAAAUCUCCACAUGGACACUUUUUUAAAAAGAAAAAAAAGAAACUUGGCUAAGGUGGUUGUGGCUCAUGUCAAUGUCACGAUACUGUCUCACCCUGUCUUAACUGUUCCUUUAUGUAGAUUAAAUCUCAUUUCUUUCACCAUCACUCUCCAUCCCUCACUCCAUUAUUUUCCUGUCUUGUCUGUCUUCCUUUUCACUGCCCGUGACACCAGUGGCAGAUAAAGCCUGUUGUGGACUGGGAAAACGAAGGGGCUUCGAGAAGCCCCUCGGCAUCUUCCCCCUCUUUUCUUGUGGUCUCUUUAGCCUACAGCUUUUAGGUCAGGUGCCUCCUCCUGCCAUAAAACAUUGGCAUGCAUCAUUCUCCUUGGAGAGCCAGCCACUCCAAACUGACAUCGAUUGCAGAUCCUUAACAGCCACAAACUUCUACUUCGCUGUAAGCUUAAGGUGCCCCCAAAAUGGAUCUGCCAGGGAAUCUUCUGCUUUAAGCUGCUUAGAGCAUUUCAGAUCAAAGCUCUCCAGCCUCCCAUUGUCCACGAUAAUCUCUCCCUUGCUCUCUGGCACGAGCAACCCUCUGUGUCAUCCCUGCGAGUGGAUGGAAAGAUGACCCAGGAGGAAGGGUGUGAGCAGUGUGCGUUCAGCUUUGCAGUAUGUCAGCAGACCAGACGUCUAGAGGGUGAUGUGAUGGAAAGUAGCUUGACGAUGCAUUACAUGCAUGGCAAAGAGAAACCGAGCAAGUUAGUUAAAAAACAAGGGGGAGGAGAACCCUUGAGACCUUAAAGGCUUGGAGGGAGGGAGGGGAAUUCUUGCAUAUCCCAAAUAAAGACUCUCACCUCUGCAGCCAAAAAGAGGGCACCCAGUCCAUCAACAGGAGCUGCUCUCUCCUGGCCUCUCCAAAUAGCAGGCUAUUAAGCUGCCUUCUCUGGGGUUAUUUUGCACAUUUCUUUUUUGUCUUGAAAAACAAUGUUUGUGUGUUGCUUCAGUUUUGUACAGGUACAAAUGAGUUUAUUUGUUGAAAAUGUUUAAUAUAUAUAUUUGUGGUGUUUGUAUAAUCCUGUUUUAAACAGCUGCUGUAGGUACCUUUUAAAAAAUUACUGGCAUAGUAUAUUUUUAAAGCACAGAAUUGGUGCCAAGAAUGGGUGGGGGUUCAGUGUGCCCCUUAGUUGUUGUUUUUUUAAAUGUAACCAGGAUGGUUAUUUUAUGUAAGGUUUUGUACAAGCUUCUGUUACCAGGUCAGACACGUACAAAGUUGCACAAGAGACUUCAGAGUGUAUAGAACCUAGCUUUAUUGCCUUCAACUCUACCAGCGUCUUCCACCACUCCUGGGAAGUAGCCACGUUGUGCCCUAUUAUUUUUGUGCUUCUAGCACCCCCUUUGUCUCCACCAUCUCUUAGCUGUCCCCCUUUGCAUUGCUUUGUACAGUUUUAAACUCUUGCGUUCUCUUGUACAGCAGUAGAUAAUACUAAGUAACCGAAUACAGAAAUAAAGUUGAUUAAAUAUCAA